CAAAAUGAAAACGAUUGUUUAUUGGUCAAUGUGGCAUGUUGUCCUGUCCUACCUCUUGCCAGCUUCCCUUUAUGACCACCUGGGGUGCAGACUGCAUGGAUCUGAAUUACAUGGACAUGUGGAGGAUGGAGAUAUGUUAAUUGGUGCAAUGCUACCCUUUCAUAGUGAUAAUUAUUUGGACAGAAGCAAAAUCCUAUUUACAGAGCCUCGUCAAAAUAAACCUUGUACAUUUUUUAGGUAUCAACGAUUUCUGCAUUUUUGUGGAAUGAGACUUGCUUUAGAAGAAAUCAAUAGGAGUCCCACUUUGCUCCCAAAUCUAACAUUGGGUUUUCAAGUCUAUGACUCAUGUGCAGGGAUUCUUCAAGAACUGGAUGGUACCCUGAAGAUGCUAACAGGUCAAAGUCAGGGAGUCCCAAAUUUCUCUUGCAAAAAAUUGCCCCAAGUGUCUUCAGUCAUUGGGCAUUCAACCUCUACCUUCUCUAUUCUCAAUGCCUUUGUACUGGGAUUAAAUAGAUUCCCACAGGUUCCUAUCUCUCUAUGUACCCAGAGUUGUGUUGCUGGUUUUAGAAAGGUGUUACGAAAGGAUUUGCCUGCUUGUUGUUUUGAGUGUGUUCUGUGUCCCCUGGGUGAAAUUUCCAACAUUACAGACUCACUUAACUGCUUCAGUUGUCCAUGGGAUGAGUGGCCCAACUCCCAGAAAGACAGAUGCUUUCCAAAGAACAAAGAGUUCCUCUCCUUUGAAGAGCCUUUGGGUGUCACGUUAGCUUCUACAAGUAGUUUCUCUUCCUUGCUGCCAAUUUCCAUCUUUGGACUUUUCAUGUGUUAUAAGAACACCCCAAUUGUCAGAGCAAACAACUUCUCUCUAAGCUGUCUUCUCCUAAUGUCGAUGUCCCUCUGCUUCCUCAGCUCCUUAGCUUUUAUAGGUUACCCUCAGCCUGAGAAAUGUCUAUUACGACAAGUUGCAUUUGGCACAGUCUUCACACUUUGUGUAUCUUGUAUUUUAGCCAAAACAAUCAUGGUGGUUUUUGCAUUCAUGGCCACAAAACCUGGUAGCGGUUUAAGGAAAUGGGCCAGACCUCGGGUUUCCUAUAUGAUUAUUGCCUUCUCUUGUAUCUUACAAUUGACUCUGUGCAUGUCUUGGAUCUCAUUUGCUCCUCCUUUCCCAACAGACAACAUCCACACCAAACCAGGAAUUAUCAUUGUUGAAUGUAAUGAGGGUUCACCCACAGCCUUCUGGUGCAUGUUGGGAUACCUUUCCCUCUUGGCCACCAUCAGUUUCAUUGUUGCCUUCUUGGCAAGGAGACUUCCUGACAGCUUCAAUGAAGCCAAGUUCAUCACCUUCAGCAUGCUGGCCUUUCUUAGUGUCUGGGUGUCCUAUAUACCGGCCUCUCUUAGUUCCACUGGGAAGUACUCGGUGGCCAUGGAGGUCUUUGCCAUCCUAUCUUCAAGCUGGGCCCUAAUGACUUGCAUGUUUGCUCCAAAAUGUUUUAUUAUAUUAUUGAGACCUGAGAUGAAUACAAAGGAACAUCUCAUGGGGAAGGUUAAAACAUGAAACAAAAAUACUAAAACAUUUCAUUUGGUAACAUUUUG